UUUGCAUCUGGACCCGCCACAGCAGAUUACUAACGGUACCAGACGUGAAAGAAGACCCAAUCGUCGUGGUUAUCGUUACGCUUUAACCUCUUGGAAGAAGUUCAUGAAAGCUGCUCAAAUUAAGGCCCGUGACCAGAAAUGGAAGAAGGUGCAAUCACAUUGUUGAAUAAUUUGGACCUCAAUGUUGAUAACUAUACCAUAAGAAUACGCAUUGUUCGUUUGUGGACAAGAGCUGAUUUCAAUAACGCUAGAAAAGUGUAUUGUUAUGAUAUGAUAUUCAUGGACAGUGAGGGAACAAAAAUGCAAGCUUUUGUUUUGGCUAAAAAUGCAGCUGGAUAUCAACAUCUUUUGGAAGAAAAGCGUUGUUUGACUAUUAGAAAUCCUUCAUUGGGUGAGAAUCGUCAGAAGGUGAAGUACGCUAACGGUGGUUUGAAGAUUAACCUUAAUAACAACACCGUUGUUGAGGAAUGCCACGAGGCUAUUGGUUCUGAAUGGGGUUUUGAUUUUACUCCCUUUGAUUCAGUUGUGGAGGAUCCAACAGUUGACAACAAGUUUUUUAAAAGUCCAAUUGAUGUAAUCGGUUUUGUGGUCAAAAGUUUUCCCUUCGAGGUAGACACAGAAACUAAUAACGGACAAAACCAGAAGAAAGUCACCUUUAUGCUUGAAGACCUGAACAAUAAGCAGAUUUUCGUGACGCUUUGGGACGGUUAUGCGGAUCAAAUAAUGGAGUAUGAGAGCAACAAUCGAGGUGAAAAAAAUGUCGUCGUAAUAAUUCAGUUUGGGAAGUACAGAUUCUGGGGAGGUCAUUUGUCUGUUUCAAAUUUGUAUACUGUCACCCGAGUCUUAAUUAACAGUGAUAUUGAUGAGGUUGCUGACUUUAAACAAAGAUUUAUCGAGAAACUUUCUCCCGAAAUGUCUUCCAGUUAUUCUGGCCUAAGUUCUUCUGUUGCGAAGUCUGCCACUGAAGAAUUUCUUUCUGACCUCACCUUUUUUCCCAUUGGGUCGUUAACCUCAAUAGAUACGACUAGGUUUGUUGUCAUUGUUGGCACUAUCAAGAGUUUUGCAUCCAACAAUGAGUGGUUUUACAACGCGUGCACAAACUGCAACAAAAAGGUUUCAACCGUUACUGUUGUUAAAGAAAAGCAGGAUGGUACUGAUGGUUCUGAAGAGGUUACUGUCUUAGAAUGCAAGACUGAUAUUUGUAAUACAAGGACCGUUACAUCAAUUCCACGAAUUAGGCUUUAUAUACGUGUCCAAGAUUGCACUGGUAUUGUGAGUCUGACAUUGUUUGAGCGUGAGGUGACAAAGCUUUUGAAGGUUAAUGCUAAUCAGCUUUUAGACAACAACAUUGAAUUAGCAAACGAAGGAAGCUUUCCAAAUGAGCUAAAUUCAUUACUCAAUAUGAAGUUUGCAUUCAAGAUUGCUGUUUCUUCUUUUAACAUCAGCAAGAAGUCUGAUGGAUAUUCAGUCUCCAAGAUGACUGAUAACCCGGUUGUUUUGUCCGAGCUGGAUAAACAUUUUGACACUAUUCAGCCUAUUGAUGAGGAAGCCGUCAAUGUCGAACCAUCCGAUUCAAAUCGUAAUGAUUAUUUGCCUGUUAAGGAUUCUAUAUCCCAAACGGGAGACGAUGUAACCCCUUGCUCAAAUGUGUUUAAAGUUGGCUUUACAACAUCGUUGGAUCGGAUGGAUGCUGAGUUUGAUACGAGCAGCGAGCGUGACUUGAAGCGCAAUUUGGAAACCGUGUAUGACGUGGAUGAUGUAUCUUCUCAGUCUUCUUCGAAGUCGCGUAAAGAUGGUGGUGUGGAUGCAGUUCUUCUAAUUCCAAAGAAAGAAAAGUAGUCACCUAUAUUUCGAACAUUGUUGGAUGAAAUCGUCUGUUUUUUUCUUAAGUAUUUGGAUAUUUAUGUUUGUUUUGACAAUGGUUAUAACUGUGUGGUUGAUUUUUAUGAACAUGGUUGUUUUAUUUCGAACA